CCGGUCCCGUUCUUCAAGUCUUCAAACUCUCUCUCCCUUCUUCAAGUCUCAAAACGUAGAAAGGGCCUUUUCUCUUACCAACAAGCGAGAAAAAGAAAAGCCCUUUUUCUCUGUCUAACAGGCGAGAAAAAAACACUCUCCUCUUUGCUUGAAUCACAAAGAUCUGUGAGCCGAAAUCCGUGGUUUUUCGGGUCUAAGAGAAGGCAAUAUGUUUCUUACCAGGACUGAGUACGAUAGAGGUGUCAACACCUUCUCCCCAGAAGGUAGAUUAUUUCAAGUUGAAUAUGCCAUUGAAGCCAUCAAGUUAGGUUCGACGGCUAUUGGGUUGAAGACAAAGGAGGGUGUUGUAUUAGCAGUAGAGAAGCGCAUCACCUCUCCAUUAUUGGAACCAAGCAGUGUUGAAAAAAUUAUGGAGAUUGAUGAGCACAUAGGAUGUGCAAUGAGUGGUCUGAUUGCUGAUGCCCGCACUCUUGUUGAGCAUGCACGCGUUGAAACUCAGAAUCACCGGUUCUCAUAUGGUGAACCAAUGACCGUUGAAUCAACUACCCAAGCUCUAUGUGAUCUUGCACUGCGAUUUGGUGAAGGGGAUGAAGAAUCUAUGUCCCGACCUUUUGGCGUAUCCCUUUUAAUUGCCGGCCAUGAUGAGAAUGGGCCCAGCUUGUACUAUACAGAUCCUUCUGGCACAUUCUGGCAAUGCAAUGCAAAAGCCAUAGGGUCUGGCUCUGAAGGAGCUGACAGCUCUUUACAAGAGCAAUAUAACAAGGAAAUUACCCUCCAAGAAGCUGAAACCAUUGCACUUUCCAUCCUAAAGCAAGUAAUGGAAGAAAAGGUGACACCGAACAACGUCGAUAUUGCAAAGGUGGCCCCGACAUACCAACUUUAUACCCCUGCGGAGGUGGAGGCCGUCAUAAAUCGCCUAUAGUUAGACCCACUUUUUACUGAACCAGUUUGAGUAUUUCAAGGCUUCUCCCCAUGAUCUUCCAUUCCCUUUUUCUUGUUUUCCCUUGACGGAACUUUCUAUCGUGGAUUUCUUUACUUGGUCAAAAAUAGCCAGCCAGUUAUCAUUUUAAUUUAAACUUGUCGCACUAUUGUCUUCUGUUUUAAGAUUUUAACUAGGGUUUGUUGGCAUCUCGAAGGUUUACAGUCUUUCUAUUGAGAUUCUAUACUACAAGGUCAUUCGCUUUUGGUACAAAAA